GGAUUUGGUUCCGACACCGGAGAACUGCUUCGUCUGCAGAAACUCGAUGUUCUCAUCACGAGACUGACUCGAACCUUGAACAAACACAGUAAGAACUUCAAGAGGAGCCGAGCCGACCAGAAGCAGAGCUGAGCUGUGGCAGUCUAUCUGCCUCCAUGGCUCGUUACCUGAAGUUUUUCACCACGGUUGGUGACGAGCAGCCAGGCCAGUGGCAGGAUGAGGAGCUUCAUGUCACCAGUGAAGUGUUGAGUCCGGCUACAGGCCUGUUUCCAGCAACCCUUGGUUUCAGAGACUCACUGAAGAGGCUCUACACCUCUGAACACUUCCAGGUAGUGGUCGUGUGUUUGGUGGUCCUGGAUGCCUUCUUUGUGCUGGCAGAGCUGCUCAUAGAUUUAUCCAUCAUCAAACUUGAACAUGGCCACGUUGCUCCUGAGGUGUUCCACUACUUGAGCCUGGCCCUUCUCUCCUUCUUCAUGGUGGAGCUGAUAGGGAAGCUGUAUGCAUUUCGCCUGGAGUUUUUUCAGCACAAAUUUGAGAUGUUCGAUGCUCUGGUGGUAUCGGUGUCCUUCAUCCUGGACAUCGUCUUCAUCUUCCACGAAGACGCCUUUGAUGGGAUGGGUCUCCUCAUCCUGCUGAGGCUUUGGAGAGUGGCCCGGAUAAUCAAUGGCAUUCUGGUGUCGGUGAAGACGAGAGCAGACCAGAAGAACCACAAGCUAAAGGAGAGCUACGACCACCUGGUCCAGAGAGCCACAGAGCUCCAAAAACACAACGAUGAGCUGGUGGAAGAAAACCAGAAACUGCAGGCUCUCCUGAAGAAACACAACAUCAACUUCUGACCUUCUCCUGAAGAUAGAUUCUGGUCUUCCUCCUGAGAAAAGACGACAUAGAUUUCUGAUGUUUUCCACCAAAGACUCAUCAAGAACUUUGGACUUUCUUCUGUGUAAACAUGACACUGA